CCCCGGGGGGUGCAGGGCACGGGCUUCGGGAUCGAGAAAGUGCGGCUCUCCCUGGUCCCUCGGUCGGAGGCGGGGCGGACCAUGGCUUUGAAGGACACGGGCAGCGUGGGCACCACCAUCCUGCCCAUUAGCGAGAUGGUCUCCUCGUCCGCGUCGCCCGGUGCGUCGGCGGCGGCGGCGGCGGCGGCCCCGGGGUCCUGCGCGCCCUCGCCCUUCCCCGAGGUGGUGGAGCUGAACGUGGGCGGUCAGGUCUAUGUGACCAAGCACUCGACGCUGCUCAGCGUCCCGGACAGCACCCUGGCCACGAUGUUCUCGCCCUCCAGCCCCCGGGGCGGCGCGCGGCGCCGGGGCGAGCUGCCCAGGGACAGCCGGGCGCGCUUCUUCAUCGACCGGGACGGCUUCCUCUUCAGGUACGUGCUGGACUAUCUGCGGGACAAGCAGCUCGCGCUGCCCGAGCACUUCCCCGAGAAGGAGCGCCUCCUCCGCGAGGCCGAGUACUUCCAGCUCGCCGACCUGGUCAAGCUGCUGUCGCCCAAGGUCCCCAAGCAGAACUCGCUCAACGACGAGGGCUGCCAGAGCGACCUGGAGGACAACCUCUCGCAGGGCAGCAGCGACGCGCUCCUCCUGCGGGGAGCGGCGGCCGCGCCCUCGGGCCCCGGAGCGCACGGCGGCGGCGGCGGCGGCGGCGGCGCGGCGGACAAGCGCUCGGGCUUCCUGACGCUCGGCUACCGCGGCUCCUACACCACCGUGCGGGACAACCAGGCGGACGCCAAGUUCCGGCGGGUGGCGCGCAUCAUGGUGUGCGGGCGCAUCGCGCUGGCCAAGGAGGUCUUUGGAGACACGCUCAAUGAGAGCCGCGACCCCGACCGACCUCCCGAGAAGUACACGUCCCGCUUCUACCUCAAGUUCACCUACUUGGAGCAGGCGUUCGAUCGGCUGUCCGAGGCCGGCUUCCACAUGGUGGCGUGCAACUCCUCGGGCACCGCCGCCUUCGUCAACCAGUACCGCGACGACAAGAUCUGGAGCAGCUACACCGAGUACAUCUUCUUCCGACCAUCUCAGAAAAUGGUGUCACCCAAACAAGAACACGAAGAUAGGAAACAUGACAAAGCCACAGAUAAAGGAAGUGAAAGUGGGACUUCCUGUAAUGAGCUCUCCACCUCCAGCUGUGACAGCCACUCAGAGGCGAGCACCCCGCAGGACAACCCGGCCAACACCCAGCAGGCCACAGCUCACCAGCCUAACACCUUAACCUUGGAUCGCCCUUCCAAAAAAGCGCCUGUGCAAUGGAUGCCCCCACCAGACAAACGCAGAAACAGUGAACUCUUUCAGACACUCAUCAGCAAGUCCCGGGAAACCAAUCUUUCCAAAAAGAAAGUCUGUGAGAAGCUCAGCGUAGAAGAAGAAAUGAAAAAGUGUAUUCAGGAUUUUAAAAAAAUCCACAUUCCAGAUUAUUUUCCAGAGCGGAAACGCCAGUGGCAAUCCGAACUGUUACAGAAGUAUGGGUUAUAGUGAUGAUCACAUUCCUACAGUAUUGCAAUGACAUUCAAUGUUUACUCCAGUGUCACUAACUGACUGUGUAUUAACAAUGGUCAGUGUGAUUCUUGCUGCUCUUCCGUUUCGUGAGCUGUUAACGUGGGACAGUACUAGUAUUUCCUUUCAUUCCUUUUUGUUGUUGUUACUUUUAGAAAUAUUUACAAAAAGAAAAGAAGAACACCAAUAAAUGUUGAUUCAAAGUGGUGUGUCUGAUUCAAACCAUUUUUCAAGAAUGAAAGUACAAUGUGCAUGAUCAAGAAGCUUAGAAUCUUGAUGUUUGAACUGUGGUCAACUGGAUGUGUUCGUCGUUUUGUAACUCACUAAAAAGAAAUCAUAUCACUCCAACUAAAAGGACAAUAUGGGUGAAGCAACAUCAAGUUGAUGGUUUGGGGACCCAAAUCCAAAACUGUCUAACUGUUAUUACAAUAAAACAAGUAUUAUUUUUGCAUGAGCACAAUGUUACAAGUAAAUCACAAGAUAUAGGGAAGGUCUGUUUGUUGUUUGGAAAGAAAAAAAAAUGUUAUAAAAAAGUAAAGCAAAAAAAAAAAAAUUGUUUCGGGCAAAGCCUGUAAAUGUAAGCUGUCUAGGAAACUGGAUUUUGUUUGUUCUAGACCUGUGAUUUUUUUGGUGUGUAUGUGUAUGGUGUUCUGUAUGUUCAGAUGGUGUAAAUAUGCCUUAUACUAUUGUGUUAUGGCACUGACAUUCAUAUAUUAAUGCUAGUCAUGAUUAUUUCUGUGAAAUGAGUUCUUACAUCAGGCUGUGAAAAUUGGUAUAAUGAUGCUCUGAAAGAUCCUACUAUCAUAUUAAUCAAAAUCAUUGAGGGAAAUGGUAAAGAGCUUUAU